GGUUUGUCAGCUGAUCACAUUCUGAAGAUUUUUAAAGAAAGUGUUGUUAAAAACAUGGGUCCUACUAUGGCAAUUACCUUCAACCGCUCUAAAAAUGCAUUUCGUGAACUUUGCAGAAUUUACAAGAACAGUUCUGUGAAGCUACAAAGGCCACCAGUGGUGUAUUUUGUUUCUAAAGAUGGAGAAGAUGAGGACUAUGAGGAAGAAGCUGCAGACGUAGGUGGACCAUUGAAAGAGUUUCUUUCAAUUGCUGUAGAAACUGUGCUUGCUUGUAUUGAGCCUCAAAUUUUUGAAGGCUGUGAGGACCACAAAGUACCUGUCCACUCACAACAGCUUGUGUUAAAUGGGUAUUUUAGAAUGGUCGGACAAGUUAUGGCACAUGCCAUUAUUCAUGGAGAGGUUUGGAUAACAGGAUUAGCUAAACCUGUCAAGGAGUUUUUGUCGACUGGCUGUGCUGAGAGUGCCUCGAAGGUAGUUUGUCUAGAAGAUGUGCUAGAUUUGGAUGUGUGGCAGGUGUUAAAACACAUGGCUGAUGUAGAUGAAAGUGAG